CGCUUCAGUUGUUGAUUGACGUUCUAGCCGCCGCCGUCUGAAAGUUGUCCGUGACCAAAAAGGAUUAUCCCAAUUUAGUGGAGUGUAGUAUAGAUUGUAUAUAGUUUGUAUAGUAUACGCACAUAAAAGCAAUGCAUUGCGUCGUUGGAAUGCUGUGCCUGCUGGCCUUAGGCGCCACUGCGGCCCCCACGGCCACAAAAAUCCUAGAUGAUCUGCCAAAGUGCAUGGCCACAGAUGAUCAGCUGGGAGAGUGCGUCAAGCAAAUAUUCAAUACGUUAACGCCGCGCCUCAAGGACGGCAAUCCCGACUUGAAGAUUCCGCCCUACGAACCCUUUAACCUGAAUCGCACCAGUUUCCAGUACUCCAGCGGCACUGCCAACGGUCGCAUAACAGUGCGCAAUGCCAAAAUCUACGGAUUUAGCGCCAACACGGCCAAGGACGUUAGUGUCAAAGUCAACAAGGACAAGGUCAAGCUGCGACUGGUCACCUACAUGCCCAAGCUGAACAUAGUGGGCAGCUACAAGGCCGACUUGCAGGUGAACCAGCUGCAGCUGAAGCCUAAAGGAGACUUUAAUGUGACACUGAAGGAUGUGGAGACAACGACACUCACCGAUGGAGAAAUAUACACAAAGGAUGGUCACCGAUAUUUCCGACUUAAGAAUAUCGACACGAAGCCAAAGAUUGGAGACUUGGUCAUUAAGGCCAAUGGAAUUUUUGCUGAUCCGGAGCUGGAUCAAAUCGCCCUGAAUGUGGCCAAUCAGUAUUGGCGCGAUAUCUACGGCAUAAUGCUGCCAGAGACGCGACAAUAUUGGCAACCUCUGGUGCUGCGUAUGUUCAACGAGGCUUUGGAACUGGUUCCCAUCGACCAGUUUCUUAACGAGGAGCAAAGUUAAUUAUGGACCUUGUGAUGAUCGCUUUAAUACUAAUAAAUGGUUCCAUUGCAUUAACUGCAAUUAAAUGAUAA